UUUGCAUCAAAUUAUUUAUUAAAACUAAUAUUUUUUAUAUAAAAAAAAUAAUUGAUGGGGAUCUUAAUAUGUAUUUUAGGGAUAUAUAUUUCAUUUCUUUUAUGGAGUAUUUUACAAGAACGUAUAACUACUAGAUCUUAUGGAAAAGAAAUAUUUAAUUCAGUAAUAAUAUUAAGUAUUAUGCAAUCAUUUAUUGCUAUUAUAGUAUCUUUUAUAUUUAUGCAUUUCAUUACAAAACGAUCAAAAAAAAAAAUUCCUUCUCUUUCGAAAUCUUUAUUCUUAAAACUUAUUUUAGUAGCAUUGAGUUCAUCAUUAGCAUCACCACUUGGUUAUGCAUCUCUUAAACACAUUAAUUAUCCUACUCUUAUACUUGGAAAAUCUUGCAAACUACUUCCUGUUAUGGCCAUUCAUACCAUCUUUUACAAAACACAUUUUACUUAUCAUAAGUAUUUAAUAGUAGCUAUAGUAACUUCUGGAAUUGCAAUUUUUACUUUAUAUGAUUCACAGUUAUCAUCUAAAACCAAUAAACAAUUAUCAAAUGAUACAUGGGGCCUUUUUCUUCUUAGCAUUAGUCUUCUUUUAGAUGGAUAUACUAAUUCAACACAGGACCAAAUUUUUAAAGCAUUUUCACAUGUAACUGGUCCAUGGAUGAUGUUAUAUAUGAAUAUUCUAUCUACAGUAGGUACGACAUUAUACUUGUUAUGUUUUACAAAUGAAUUGGUAACAACACUUGAAUUUAUCAAAAAAUAUCCAUCAAUUAUUUCUGAUAUUCUUAUUUAUGGUUGUUCUGGAGCAAUUGGACAAUUGUUUAUUUUCCAUACAUUAGAAAAAUAUGGCAGUUUAAUCUUAAUAACUAUCACACUUACAAGAAAAAUGCUAACGCUAUUAUUAAGUCUUAUUUGGUUUAAUCAUAAGUUAACAAUUGGCCAGUGGAUAGGUGUAGUAUUGGUAUUUUAUGGAGCAAGUUUGGAAGCAUAUAUAAAACAUACACAAUUAGCUAAAAAAAAAGUAUAAAACAUUUAUACGAAAUCUCAUACGUAAAUUUAUAAAAUUUAUAAUAAACAUAUAAAUAAUAUAAAAAUGAAACAAUAUUCUAAAAACAAAUCUAUAACAAAAAACAUAUAUUUUAAUUACGCUACAUAAUUAAUAUAUAAUAGCAAUACCAUCAAUAUACUGCUUCCUUAUUUCUUUGAGGCUUUCUGAGCAGCUUUAGUAACCUUACCAGCCUUCUCAAUCUUAGAGACAGAUUUAAUAACACCCACAGCAACAGUUUGUCUCAUAUCACGAACAGCAAAUCGACCCAAUGGAGGAUAAUCGGUAAAAGACUCAACACACAUAGGCUUACUUGGUACCAUAUCGACAAUACAAGCAUCGCCCGACUUCACAAACUUAGGAUUGUCCUCAAUCUUCUUGCCAGUACGUCGAUCAAUUUUCUCUGAAAUAUUAAAAAACUUACAUGCAAUAUGGGCAGUAUGACAAUCCAAAACAGGUGCAUAACCAGCACUAAUUUGGCCGGGAUGAUUAAGAAUAAUGACUUGAGAAAGAAAACCUUCACAACCCUUAGGAGGAUCAUUCUUAGAAUCACCAGCAACAUUUCCACGACGAAUCUCCUUAACAGAAACAUUCUUAACAUUAAAACCAACAUUAUCGCCAGGCAAAGCCUCUGUAAGCUGCUCAUGAUGCAUUUCGACAGAUUUUACCUCAGUAGUCAAACCAGAGGGAGCAAAUGUAACGACCAUUCCUGGCUUUAUGAUUCCUGUCUCAACGCGACCAACAGGAACUGUUCCGAUACCACCAAUUUUAUAUACAUCCUGAAGAGGAAGACGAAGAGGCUUAUCAGAAGGACGAACAGGAGGUUCUAUGGAAUCGAUUGCUUCAAUUAAAGUUUUCCCCUUUAACACUGUAUUUUUACAAUCUUUAGUCCAUCCUUUAAACCAUGGCAUAUUAGGAGAUUCCUCUACCAUAUUAUCACCAUGCCAUCCAGAUAUAGGAACAAACGGAACAGUUGCUGGAUUAUAACCAACUUUCUUGAUAAAAUUAGAAGUCUCUUUAACGAUUUCAUCAAAACGGCUUUCAGACCAAUUAGUAUUGUCCAUUUUAUUAACAGCGACAAUAAGCUGUUUAACACCUAAAGUAUAAGCAAGAAGGGCAUGUUCUCGAGUCUGACCAUCCUUGGAAAUACCAGCCUCAAAUUCACCAGUACCACUGGCAAUAAUAAGAAUGGCACAGUCUGCCUGAGAAGUACCGGUAAUCAUAUUUUUAAUGAAGUCACGAUGCCCUGGUGCAUCAAUAACAGUAACAUAAUAUUUAGAGGUUUCAAAUUUCCAAAGAGCAAUAUCGAUAGUAAUACCACGCUCUCGUUCUGCUUUCAACUUAUCAAGAACCCAAGCAUACUUAAAAGAGCCCUUCCCAAGCUCAGCCGCUUCCUUUUCACUAACAAAAACA